AUGAAGGGCACCCGGACGUACAACGGCAAGAAAAGAGACGGGAGUGGAGGCUCUUCCAAUGGUAACCAUCGUAGUGGCACGGGGAACCACACGGGGAUCGGAUUCUACGAGACUGAGGACACGACCAGGUCGUUCAAUGACCGUUUGAAUUACCUUUUGAUCAAUAGUAUUGGCUCUGACGCCCUGGUGACAGUAACAAAUGGCGCCAAAUACCAAGGUUUACUGACGGCAUGCGACCCAACUGGCAGCAACGGGGUUGACGUUGUUCUGCAAAGGGCCAGACUCGUGGAAGACAACUUUGCUGCCGAACAAUUGGCGUCAGACCUGAUCGAAAAUCUGGUGAUAAAGGGCGAUGACGUAGCAGAGCUACAACUCCAAAAUGUGGAGUUCAACGCAGAGGAAAAACCACGAGAUGUCUCGGACGAAGCUUUUGAGACCUCCAAGCAGCCAAAAGAGGCUACUUCUGCUGGUGUCCCCACGGAAAUCAAGACUGAUCCCGAAUCUGGAAAGGAAAUUGGAAAAGAGGUUAAGAAGGAGAUUCAAUUGGAAAAAAUGCCUGAACGUGAGGUGAAGCCUGAGGUAAAGUCUGAGGUGAAGUCUGAGGUGAAGCCCGAGGUGAAGUCUGAGGUGAAGCCUCAAGCUAGAGCCCCACAGGCCUCACAAGCUCACAAUGCACCAAGAUCCGUUGAGCCUGCUAAACAUGCGUUCAAGACCGACACAGAUAUUUCCGGAAACAAGAGUGAGGUCAAGGAAAGAAAAUUGGAAAGAUGGGUUCCAGAGCCGCAUGAGGAAUUCGCGCUUGGCGAUGCUUUAGAAGAUAGUAAAGAGUCCUGGAAUCAGUUUGCAGUCAAUGAAGAAAAAUUCGGUAUAACUUCAACUUUUGAUGAGCAUCUUUACACCACCAUGAUCAACAAGAACGAUCCCAAGUAUAACGAACGUUUGAGAGAAGCCGAUAGAAUUGCAAAAGACAUCGAAUCUCAAGGCAGUUCCGGGAAUGUUCACCUGGCCGAAGAAAGGGGUCUGGUCACCGAAGAUUCUGGCGUGGACGAAGAAGACAAAUACUCUGGUGUGGACCGUAGAGGUGAUGAACUGCUAGCUCAGUUGAAAAUGAACUCCAAAAGUAUUCCUACAAAGGCUAAAAAAUACGUUCCUCCCACUUUACGGCACCAGCCUCACAACAACGAUCCAGCCAUCAUUUCUUCAAGAGCAGCGGGCGUGCCACCUCCACCACCAGCCGAGGCUCAAGAAGUUCCAUCCGGGUCUCAUCCCAAGCGCAACCAACUAGACGCACUCAAGGAGUUUUCUGAAAAGUUCAAAGUCCCAUACGAUAUGCCAGAAGAAGUAAAGACAAUGUUCAAAAAGGAAUCCGAGACUUCUCCUCGGACUGCCCAAACAGCAUUGAAAGUCAAUUUGUCGUUACCUCCGAAACCCACCAGCACGCCAACGGUGGUCCAGGGCAACGUUGCCAUCACAAGGGGAAGCAGAACAUCCCGUGGCUCAACUCCGCUAGCCGGGAAAGCUGAACUGAAAAAAAAUGGCACUAGAGGCCCCCAAGGCCAAACACCCGUGUCGUCACCAUCCGCUAGCAGACAUGCAAAUAUCACCCGUAGACGUAAUGUCAGCCACGGAUCGUUUUUGGGUUCCAAGAAGCCGCAGUCUCAUAAGAAGGAUUUCGCAACCAGUUUCAACAUGUUCUACAAGGCCAAAGAGGUUUUCGACGCGGAGAAAAACCAAGGCAAGGGUCCGGCAACGAUCGUGUUCGAGAAACCAUAUUUCACAGCACCAACGUGGAUGGGCAAUGUUGAGCAAUCUUACAAAAGUCUUUUCCCAGACGAGCGCGCCGCUAUGCACAGAUCACAACUCAAGAUGCAGCAGCGCAGUAUGGGCGCGCUUUCGAACGCCGGCAGUCCACACAUGAUGGGGAUGCCUGGCAUGAUGAUGGGGAUGCCAAUGGGUCCUGGAAGUUCCAAUAAUCCGUACAUGAUGGCCCCGGGAGCCAACGGGAACAUGUACAUGCCAUUUCAACCUCCCGCCUACUACCCUCAGAUGAUGCACAUGAUGCCCAUGGGAGAGGAUCGAAACAGUGCCAGUCCCCCUCCUGCACGCAACGUAUCGUCGCCCCACCCUGGUCCCGGUUUUGUCGCCGCCGGUGGGCCUCCUCAUCCUUCAACGCCCAUGUCGCCUUUCAAUUAUUCUCAAGCCCUACAAUUUCAGCCAAUGAUGGGGUCCGGCUCCUUCCGACAGAACUUCCAAUCCCAGCAACACUAUAACGGCAAACAUAGAACACACAAUCGCUAA